AUGGAAGACAUUCUCUCCAAAGGAUAUGCACGCAAAGUGUCCCCUGAUCAGAAUAGCCCCGCGAAGGGCACCGCCUGGUACAUACCGCACCAUGGUGUUUACCACCCUCGCAAGCCAGGAAAGAUCCGCGUCGUGUUUGACUGUUCGGCCAAAUUCAUGGGAAAGUCCCUCAAUGACAUGCUGUACAAGGGCCCGGACCUAACUAGUUCGCUUGUAGGAGUCCUGUUGAGGUUUCGUGAAGAGAGAGUGGCCGUCAUGGCGGACAUAGAGUCCAUGUUCCACCAAGUGAGAGUUCCCGAUCCUGACAGUUCCUUUCUGCGUUUUCUUUGGUGGGAGGAUGGCAACAUGGCGCGCGAAUUACAAGAAUUUCAGAUGGUCGUUCACUUGUUUGGAGCCAUUUCAUCACCGGCUUGCGCAAACCUCGCACUCCGCAAGACAGCAGAAGAUAAUCGUCACAGCUUCCCUCCUGACGUCAUUAACACAGUUAAAAGAAACUUUUAUGUUGAUGAUUGUUUGAAGUCCCUCCCUGGCGAGCAGAAAGCCAUUGAGCAUGUUGGCAGUUUAUGCAGUUUACUAUCACGUGGUGGUUUCAAGCUAACCAAAUGGGUCAGCAAUAGUCGUGAUGUUCUGCAAGCUAUCCCUGAGAAGGAGCGAGCAAAGGACAUCAAGGACAUGGACAUAAGGAAGGAAGAGUUGCCUGUUCAGCGAGCCCUGGGAGUUCAAUGGUGUGUAGAAUCCGACUCGUUCCGCUUCAGAGUCAACAUUAGCUCCCGUCCACAAACGCGUAGGGGUAUCUUGUCUCUAGCGAGUGCUAUUUUCGAUCCGUUGGGAUUCCUGGCACCGUUCGUUCUGACCGCGAAGGAAAUCCUUCAAGAUCUUUGUCGCAUUAAGCUAGGAUGGGAUGACGAGAUCCCGACUGAGUACGCUGCACGUUGGGAAAAUUGGCUAGCAGAUGUUCCAAAGCUCUCGGAGUUUGCUGUGAGUCGCUGUUUAAAGCCAGAGGAUUUUGGUCCCGUUAAAUCCAGUCAGCUACAUCACUUCUCUGAUGCCUCAGAAGCAGCUUAUGGCUCAGUGACUUACCUUCGACUGCUUAGCCAUGAGGACCGAGUUCAUUGUUCCUUCCUGUUUGGAAAAUCACGCGUUGCUCCUUUGAAAACUAUCUCUGUUCCUCGUUUAGAGCUCUCGGCCGCAACCGUUUCUGUGCGACAAGACAAGAUGCUCAAGGAAGAGCUGGAGAUGCCUCCUAAUUGUGAAUCCGUGUUUUGGUCAGACAGCAUGUCAGUGCUUCGUUAUGUGAAGAACGAAAGUACGCGUUUCCACACGUUUGUUGCCAAUCGGGUUGCCGUACUACGAGAGGGCUCAAGUCCAGAUCAGUGGCGCUAUGUGGAAGGUGUAGCAAAUCCUGGAGAUUGCGCUUCAAGAGCGCUGACUGCCAAAGCAUUGUUGAGCUGCCAAAGAUGGUUACUGGGGCCGGAGUUUCUUUGGAAGUCAGAAGAAGAUUGGCCUAGGAACCCCUUAUCCCUUGGAUGUCUUCAAGACGGAGACCCGGAAGUGAAGAUGGUUUAUAAGGUUUGUCACACUUCUGUUUCCGAGUCGGAGCAUCCUUUGGUUGAGUACUUUCAACGCGCGUCUUCCUGGCACCGAUUGAAGAAGUCAGUUGCAUGGUUUUUACGAUACCUUGGAAACUUGAAAAGGUCAAGUAAACGCGGAAAAUCGAGAGAGCCGAUCCUUUCAACUCCCAUCCUUUCUUUACCACCAAUUACCGUUACGGAGUUGGCAAUUGCGGAGCUAGAAAUCCUCAGGAACGUCCAGCAGUUCAAUUUUCCGGAUGAGCUUGAGCUGUUAAGCAAGUCUGAAAACGGUACGCAAGUCAAGAAAAGCAGCAGCCUUCGAAGUCUGGAUCCAAUCUUAGUGAACGGCGUCUUACGUGUCGGUGGGAGGUUAAGUUUAGCGUCCACUGCAUUUGAGGCCAAACAUCAGAUUAUUUUGCCCAAGAAGGAUCACGUGACCAACCUUGUAGUAGAAUAUUACCACCAGAUCUCCGGUCACUCUGGAAGAGAGUACGUUAUCAGUCUUGCUCGCGAGAAGUUUUGGAUCGUAAACGCAAGUUCUGUUGUCAGGAAAGUUCUUUCGAAAUGUUUCAGUUGCCGGCGGCGUCAAGGCCCGUUCUGUGAGCAGAAAAUGGCUGACCUUCCCGUGGAUCGUGUUACCCCAGGUCAGCCACCUUUUACAUCUGUCGGCAUUGAUUGUUUUGGUCCUCUUCAGGUACGCCGUGGGCGAAGUCUUGUGAAAAGAUAUGGGGUCAUUUUCACGUGUCUUUCUAUCCGCGCGGUUCACAUUGAAGUGGCGCACAGUUUGGAAACUGAUUCUUUCCUGAUGGCGCUCAGAAGGUUUAUAGCAAGAAGGGGCCAGGUAAAGGAGAUCAGAUCCGAUAAUGGUACCAAUUUCACCGGCGGAGAGAGGGAGCUCAGGGAAUCCAUCAACGCGUGGAAUCACAACAAGAUUCACGAAGCUCUACUUCAGAAGGGUAUCAAGUGGAACUUCAACCCCCCCUAUGGCUCCCAUUAUGGAGGUGUUUGGGAGCGCUGCAUUCGAACAACGCGCAAGGUCCUUCGAGCUUUGCUUCAAACUCAAACUGUUGACGACGAAGGUUUAGUCACCCUCCUAUGCGAAGUGGAAAGCAUCAUUAAUGGUCGUCCAAUCACCACAGUUUCAGGUGACCCCAAUGAUCCGGAGCCCCUUACACCAAACCAUUUGCUUCUUUUACGCUCGGAACCUCAGAUGCCCCCUGGGUUAUUCCAAAAGGAAGACUCCUUCUCUCGACGCAGAUGGAGACAAGUGCAAUAUCUCGCAGAUAUUUUUUGGAAGAGAUGGUCUAAGGAGUACUUGCCUCUGCUCCAAAGUAGGCAGAAAUGGACGACGAUUCGCAAGAACCUGGCCGUUGGGGAUAUUGUUCUAGUGAGCGCCGAAAAUUCCCCUCGCAAUUCAUGGCCCCUUGGUAGAGUGGUAGAAGUCUUCGCAGACAAGAAAGGUUUGGUGCGCCGUACCAGAGUGAAAGUAAAAGGAGCAGUUUUGGAGAGGCCAAUUGACAAGCUUUGCUUGCUGAUAGAAGCUUGA